UGAGCUGUAUGAGGAGCGUGAAGAAAUCAAACGCACGCUGCACAUCAUGAAAAGUUCACCUUCCAUCGGCCCCGUCAAUUACUACAUCCCUAAGCUUGGGGAUGUAUGUGAAGUGUGUGCGCGGGUGAUGAAGCGUAUGACCAUACGCACACGCUGGACGUACUGCACGGAGUGCAGGGCGCGACGCUGUACGACGUGCAGCAGAAGAGAACUGUGGUGUUGCAGCGUAGGAACAGAUAAGAGGGAGGAGACGGAGGUGGUUGCUGAGGAGGUGAUGCAGCAGCAGGAGGUGGUGCAUGCCGAUGAAGAUGCUGCUAUGCUAGAUCUUGUGAAAAGAGAGGAGCAGCAGGAGGAAGCGGAGAUGCAGCAGGAGGAAGCGGAGUUGCAGCAGGAGGAAGCGGAGGGUGAUGAAGUCGAUACGGAGAUUGAUAUAGGCGAAGAAUUU